AUGAAAGAACAUCUCCCAUUGGGCCUCAUUGCGAUCUUCGAGGAUCCUGAUUUCAAGGGGUCCGCUUUGGUGGAGUUGAGUGACAGCCGUAUGAUUCGAACACCCACCGCCAAAGAGAUUAGUCGCAAUUACCCGUGGCUACUGCCUGUUGUGAAGAAGUGGCCAAACAAGGUCCCGUCUGCGUACUUUCUCACCGACGCAUUCCUGAUGCUCGAUGGUUUUUUGGGCAAGAAAAUGAUUGUCCCAACUGAGACUGAGGGGAAAGUUACACUGGCAGGACAAGAGGGUGUCAAGCUCAAGAAACUUCUUGGAGCCCUUCGCAACUUGUGGAGAUCCAACAAGACCAACGGGCAAGACGACAAGAUCACCCACUUGAAAUCUUUCCUCGAGGAGUCACCUUCGAAGAAGCCGGAUGGGGAGGAGGAAACCUGCGGGGGCUUGGAGGUGGUUCCUGCUCGCAACGACCUUCGUCCUAUUGAUGGCAAUGAUCCAGUUUCAGAUGCAGAAGAAGCAGCGUCGAGCUGCAAGGGUUCCCAGAGUGAGAGUGGUGAUGAGGGCCCUUUGGUGCGUGUCGGUCGAAAUGAUGGAGGUGAGCCUUCUGGCAGUGAGUCCUCUGAGGCUGAGUCUGCCGUCUCAGAGUGUAACUCCCCCACCCUUCGGCUUGGGGAGUCGCCCAAAUCUGAUGGCAAGUCUGUUGCCUCUGUUGACUCAUCCAGCUCAUCGCAUCGUGAUUCGCAGGUGUCUUCAGGUUGGAUGGGACGCGCCAUCAACCACUACACCCGAGAGGAGAAGGAGGACCAGCUUGUUCAGCUUGUCAAUGAGAUCCACAUCGACUUGGAAUCCCAGGUGAUGUCCAAGCUUGAAGGCAAAGAGUGGAACUCCUACAGUGACUAUUGUUUGGAGACCCUUCGCCGCUUUGGCGAAAGCUGCUAUCGCAAGUUGGCGGAUUUAGACUUCUUCAAAACAUGGUGUCGCAACAGGAAGGCGGAGGACCUGCAGCUCCAAAAGUUCCAGUAA